AAAAGCCCAUCAAACUCACUACACAGAGGGAAAUAAAUUGAGUGUUCUCCUCAUCAACUUGAAGUUUUUCAGCCAUGGAAAUCCUUCUCAGACCUUUUAUUUCUUUGCUACUACUCUCCUUCAUCAUUGUCCAGAUUUCAGUAGAGGUCUCAGCCACAAAAAUGACACUGUACAACAAGUGCAGACACCCUGUUUGGCCAGGCAUCCAACCUAGUGCUGGUAAGCCCAUUCUUGCCCGUGGUGGCUUCAAGCUGCCACCAAACAAGGCUUAUACUCUCCAACUCCCCACCGCAUGGUCCGGCCGCAUCUGGGGCCGCCACGGCUGUUCUUUCGAUGCCACAGGGCGCGGCCGCUGCGCCACCGGGGAUUGUGGUGGUGCUCUCUUCUGUAAUGGUAUUGGCGGGGCCCCUCCAGCCACCCUUGCUGAGAUCACACUUGGUAAUGACCAGGAUUUCUACGAUGUCAGCCUUGUUGAUGGGUACAAUCUUGCUAUUGCCAUCAGACCCUUCCGAGGCUCAGGGAAAUGUAGCUAUGCCGGGUGCGUGAGUGACCUGAACAUGAUGUGUCCGGCGGGGCUUCAGGUUCGAUCUCACGACAAGAAGAGAGUGGUAGCUUGCAAGAGUGCUUGUUCUGCAUUCAAUUCACCAAGAUAUUGUUGCACUGGAAAUUUCGGGAACCCACAAUCUUGUAAGCCAACUGCAUAUUCAAGAAUUUUCAAGACGGCUUGUCCCAAGGCUUAUUCUUAUGCCUAUGAUGAUCCUACCAGCAUUGCCACUUGCACUGGCGGAAGCUAUUUGGUCACAUUUUGUCCUCAUCACUAGAAAAUCCUCUAUCUAAUUAAUUAGCAUUAUGGAUCGCUGUAUACUGUAUUAAUAUCUGAACAUUUAAUGAUUUUCGUUACUUAUUGGUUGUGAUUACAUAUUUGUACUUCAUAAUAGUAGUAGUAAAAUUGGAGUAAUGCUAUUUAAUUUAUGUGACAUUAGAGU